UUGGAUAUUUCUUCUAUUUCUUCCUUCUUCCCCCUCCCUCUUCCCCCUCCCUCAUUCCCAUACUUUUCACCAUACUUUCUCUCUACUUUUUCACCAUACCUUCACCAUACUCUCCUAUACUUUUUCCCUAUCCUUUUACCAUACUUUCUCCCACUCUACUUAUUCCUAAUUCUUCUACAGCUCUAAGCGAGCUUCAAAUCGGGUCAUGGCAGAAGAAAUCCCUCAACUCACCACGUAUCCCGCCGCGGACGAGGCCGACCAAAUCGCCAGCCUGAAGCUGAUAGCCGACAGCGUCGCACAGCAACGCCAACUGGCCGCGCGGUCUGUGAUCUUCCACCCUGUCAGCGUGGGGGUUGCCAUGGUCCCGCUCGCGGUGGCAUACCGAAUCCUCUACAAGACACGGGGCGACUGGCCGCUUAUCCUGACGACGUGGGCGGGGUGUGUGAUGGCUUUGCUGCUUGCUGUGCGCUACUUGACGGGGGGGUAUAUCGACGAGGCGGAACGAGUGGGGACCUGGAAGUGGUUGAACACUGCAACUACAACUGCAACUGAUACCGGUGCUGGUUUCGACUCUACUAAGUCAACUAUGCUGGUCACCAAGUUUGGAGAGAAUAUCAUCGGAACACUGGUGUUAGCGGAGCAAAAGAAACAAACCGGGGUGAUUCGCGCAUGGACGGUGAAGCAGCGGUAUCGGGGGAAGGGCGUGGGAAGGGAUCUGCUCGAGGAGGCAGUGAAGUUCUGUCGAGACAAGGGGUGGGAAGGGCCGGUCUUUGACGACGAACAUGCCAAUUCGGCGCGGGUGUUGCCUGGUAUGUUCAAUGGGGGGUUUGACGGGGGGGAGAAAAGGGCGAGAGAGAUGUUGGCUGGCUUGCAGAGUACCUAGGUAGUAC